AUGGCCUCAGGCUUCCUCAUAGUUGCUGACUUCAAGAGCCUACAAGAUGGCACCAGCACGAAGAACGUGGAGUCUCCUGCGAACACGAGCGAUUGGAAGUGGAAAGCAGCAGCUGAUGGAACUACCCAGAAGCACAUCCCACACACUCCUGGGCCAGACUUAAAGUCAAAAAUAAAAAUUCUUCCCAUAACAGCUACAUCUGGUUCCACUGCAAUGCCACAACAUCUGGAUGAAAUCUUGUCUACAUCUCAGACUCUGGAGGAGGACACAGAUUUUUCCACAGCCAUCCAGAAGCAUAGCUUGGACUCAGGUGGGCCAGGCCUAAAUCCGAGGGCGAAACCUCCCCUUGCAACAGCCACACCUGAGCCCCAUAAAACACAGAAAUGGCUGGAUGAAAUGGUCUCUACCUCCUCAGCUUUUUCUACAGGGUCCCCAAGACAAAGCUUGGGUGUUACCACAUCGGGGUCCUCAGCCACCACCCAAGGGGAGUCUCCCCUUGCCAAGGACAUCAACCUUCUGAUGGGAAAGUGCUUGCUGGCCAUCCUUCUCCUGGCCCUGGUGGCCGCCAUCUUCAUUGUGUGCUCUGGGGUCCUGGCCAUCAUGUUGUGGCGUCAGAAGAGAGCCUACAGACUGGGCCAGGCCAACCACACAGAGAUGGUCUGUAUCUCGUCCCUGCUCUCUGCUGAAAAGGAGGAGGAGGAGGAGGAGGAGGAGAGGAGGAGGAGGCAGCCCAAGGUGAAGCGGGUACAACUUCUCGGGGACACAGCGUCCGAGACGGAGGCGGACAACCUAACUCUGAACAGCUUCCUCCCAGAGCAUUAACAGGGUGCUUUUGUGGUGCUCCAGACAUCUCUGGCCCACCUUCUUAGAGCCUCUUGAUCUUCUCCAAGACGGUCCUCUGCACCCAGAUGACUCUAUCUGCAGUACAUCCGUAUCUUCUCAUCUGGGUGGACCCAUCGCACUGACUCAUGCAUGCAUGUGUUUGCCUGCUAUAGAAACCCAACAUUUACAUUUUGCAAACUGUCGUUUCUUGGAGAACUAUUGUGGCUUGUUAAAAACAAGACUUCGCCUAGUGUUUUUCUGCAGCCCUGCAGAUCAAAUUAGGGGUGAAGAAAGGAGACAUUCUGAACUAUGUAAAUUAUUUGUUAGUUAGAUUUUACUCGGUUUCCUCUCAGGAGCUCAAGGCUUAGGUCCUCUCUGUUCCCCCAGACCCUGAAGAUCUUAUUCAGCUACUCCUCUGCCACAGGAAGAGUUCUCGUUUCCUUUUUUUGAAGCCAUCAUGUCUAGAAAGUAACAACUGAAGUGUGAAGUCUCAAUAUUAGAACAGACCUAGACAUUUCCUCUUUUUUGUAUUUUACUAGAGAA